AUGCUGCCUGCUGCGUCUGGACCAAUCCCACUCUCUCUUCUGCUUGUGCUGCUGCUGCUGCUGGGGGUUGGCCUCCCCGAAGAAGCCGACGCCUCCCCCCAGCAGCAGCCACAGCAGCAGGGCGCCGCCCCCUCCGAGGGCCCUGGCAUCGGACGCCACGCAAGCUGGUCUGUCGGGCUGCGGCUGUACCGGGCCUUGCGUACGGGCAGCGGCGGCAGCGGCGACAGCGGCGACCCCCAGAAGACCAACGCGCUCUUCUCGCCUCUGAUGCUGGCCGCCUCGCUGGACGCCCUGGGCCAAGCCUCCAAGGGCGCCACCGCCGGGCAGAUCCGGGAGCUGCUGAAGUCCUCCGGCCAGAAGGGGGCAGCAGCAUCAGCAGCAGACUUCCCCCGGGCUCUGAAGUCCAUGCUGGAGGCCAACAACACGGCGUACUCCCUCCGCGCCGCCUCGGCCCUCUUCACCAAGCAGGCCGCCGGGCUGGACCAGGGCUUCCUGAAGAAGGCCCGCAGCGCGUCCCAGCUGGACCAUGUGGCGCUACCUGCUGCCACGGCGGGGGGCAGCAGGCAGUCCGACUCGGCCGCCCUCCGAGCCUGGGUUCUGGGAGCCACCGGCGGCGGCGCCAAGGUGGACCACCAGCCGAGCCAGGAGCCGCAGGCCCAGAACGGAGCUCUGAUCCUGGGCAACGCGCUGAGAUUCAAAGGUUUGUGGGACCGCGGCUUUGCGGAGUCGAGCGAAGACCUGCGUAAUUUCCUAGGAGUCAAGUACACAAGAGUUCCCAUGAUGCAUCGAUCAGGUGUGCACCGUCACUACGAGGACGUGGAGAACAUGGUGCAGGUGCUGGAGGUGGACCUGUGGGGCGGCCAUUCCAGCAUGCUGCUGCUGCUGCCGUUCCUCGUGGAGGGCCUGGAGCGCCUGGACAAGCUGCUGACGCUGGAGCAGCUGCAGCGCUGGCACAGCAAGCUCCGCACCACCAGCGUAUCCAUGUCCCUGCCCAGGGUCAACCUCACCAGCGCCCUCAACCUGCAGGCUGCCCUGUCAUCGCUAGGCUUGUCGGACGCCUGGGACAAGGCGAAGGCCGACUUCUCUGGUCUGGGGGGGUCGAAGGGGAAGCUUCACUUGGGGGGUGUAAUGCACUGGGCGUCCCUGGAGCUGGCCCCCCAGUCAGGUCAGAAAGAGGGGGAGGACGAGGAGGAUGAGGUGGAGGUGGAGAAGCCCAAGCUCUUCUACGCAGACCACUCUUUCAUCGUCAUGGUGACGGACAAGCCCACGGGAGCGCUGCUCCUCAUCGGCGCUCUGGACACGGCCGAAGGGCGCAGCCUGCACGACGAGCUGUAG